AUGCACUUAGAUGCAAAUGAUCUUGGAAAUGCUAUUAAAGAAGGAAAUACUGCAUCUAACCAAAUCAAAGCCAAGGCUAUGAUCUUCCUCCGGCACCACCUUCAUGAAGCUCUAAAGGUUGAAUACCUCACAAUAAAAGACCUACUUGUUCUCUGGAAAAAUCUAAAAGAAAGAAUUACUUCUCUAUUAAAGCUAUGUGGAGAAAAUGUAAGCGAUGCUGAUAUGUUAGAAAAAACAUUCUCCACAUUUCAUGCAUCAAAUGUGGUCUUGCAGCAGCAAUAUCGAGAAAGAGGCUUCACAAAGUACUCUGAGUUAAUCUCUUGCCUUCUCGUUGCUGAACAGAAUAAUGAGCUGCUCAUGAAGAAUCAUGAAUCUCGACCUACUGGCAGUGCUCCAUUCCCUGAAGCGAAUGUUGCAACUUAUAAUCAUAAUACUCGUGGUCGAGGUCGAGGUCGUGGUCGUGGCAAUGGCCAUAGACGUGACCAUGGAAGAGUACCAAUAAACAAUUCUUCACACCAGAAGUGGAAGAAUAAUGGAGAAAAUGAAAGGAACAAGGGUGGUCAAAAUAAUAGACACGUUGAAAGCUCAUGUCUUCUUUGUGGUGGCAAAGGACAUUGGAUACAUGUUGCUGAUUUCUUUGAUGAUCCUAAUGGAAGGAUUGAUCACUUGAUUGGUGAUGGAAAUGUUUACAAAUAA